AUGAGGAGUUCGCUUUUCUUCCUGUCAGUCCUUGCGACAUCGAUAUCGCCCAUAUUCGGUCUACCAAGUGAGCAGGCGAUAGGAAACAAAGAUGAGACAGAGAAUCCUCUGGGCCCUGACCCUAUGUCGACUGUUUUCAAUGGAGUCACCGUACCUCCUAUGAAGGAACUUCGAGGCCCAGAUUUUGAAGAAAGCAUAAAGGAGGAUUACUGGUUCGUAAAGCAUUACCAUCCCGACUGCGGACAUUGCAAAGCUGUUGCACCAAUCUGGCAAACACUAUAUGAAUUUUAUUACACCUCCAACCCACUCUUAUCCACUACCGCGAAGAAAGCAGCCGAUGCCGAAAAGUCAUUGAACUCAUUCCACGGUUACUAUGGAUUUCACUUUGCGUCAUUGAACUGCGCCGCCUACGCCGAUAAAUGUAAGGAGCUCGGCAUUCUUGGUUACCCGAGAUUUGUCCUUUACCAUAACGGAAAAGCAUUCGACACAUUCUCUAAAGAAAAGAAAGGAAUGGAGGAGCUUAGCAGCUUCAUAGAAGACAAAUUGGAGACAAUCAAGCCAGGUUCUAGACCUCGUGGAGGGGUACACCUCCCUAAGCCAGGUGAUAAGGAGGGACAAAUGAUCCUACCCGAUAAAGACAAGGCUGAAGGAAACUCCGAGCCCGAAAUACCAACCAAGGAUGAUAGCAAAGACUCGCCAAAAGACUUGCCAAAAGACUCUGAUAAUUCGAAGGUACCAAAGGACUCAAAGACCUCCAGUGAUCCUAAGGACUCCAAGAACCCGCAAGACGGAAAGGCCCCCGCCCAAAACCCCACCCCUAAAAAGGAGGUCAAGGAGAAGAAAUAUAACCUCUCAGGAUCUUCUGUUUCCUUAACCGCAGAAUCCUUCCAGAAACUUGUGACCACAACCCAGGAUCCUUGGUUUAUCAAGUUUUAUGCUCCAUGGUGUAGCCACUGCCAGGCACUCGCUCCUGUGUGGCAGCAAAUGGCUAAGGACAUGAAGGGGAAGCUCAACGUUGGCGAAGUUAAUUGUGAUGCCGAACGACGUCUUUGCAAAGAAGCACGCAUCUCCUCAUACCCUACCAUGCAUUUUUUCCGUGGUGGCGAGAAAGUCCAGUAUGAAGGCCUACGCGGGCUUGGUGACUUGGUGAAUUAUGCUAACAAGGCCACCGAUGUGGUCGGCCUUGGCGUUCAAUAUGUUGACGCAGAAGCGUUCAAGAAGAUGGAAGAAACUGAGGAGGUCAUCUUCCUCUAUUUCUUCGACCAUGCCACAACUUCUGAAGACUUCGCUGCGCUUGAUAGACUCACCCUCAGUCUGGUAGGACAUGCCCGACUGGUGAAGACCGAUAGCAAGGAGCUUGCCGAGCGAUUUAGAAUAUCUACAUGGCCCCGUCUCCUUGUGGCCAGAGAUGGAACCGCCAAGUAUUAUACCGCCUUGGCUCCCAAGGAUAUGAGAGAUUUCCGCGCCGUUCUUUCUUGGAUGCAGAGUGUUUGGCUUCCUAUUGUUCCCGAAUUGACCGCCACAAAUGCUCGCGAUGUCAUGGAUGGUAAAUAUGUUGUUCUCGGAAUCCUCAACAGACAACAUAAUGAAGACUUCGUGCAAAACAAACGUGAGCUCAAGAAUGCAGCAUUGGAGUGGAUGGAAAAACAGACCAAGCUAUUCCAGCUGGAGCGCCAGGAACUACGAGAUGCCAAAGACCUCCGCAUUGAGGAAGCAGAUGAUCGUAACGACCAGCGAGCUCUACGGGCUGCGAAGAGCAUGCGUAUCACUAUCCGUGAAGAUGAUAAGAAACAAGUUGGGUUCGCUUGGGUUGACGGAAUUUUCUGGGAUCGAUGGGUUAAAACCACCUUUGGUGUUGAUGUGAAGAAUGGAGACAGAGUCAUUAUCCACGAUGAAUCGAACCGUCGCUACUGGGAUUCAUCUCCAAACGGUGUUGACAUCAUGCCCAGCCGCACUUCCAUUCUCGAAACGCUUACUCACAUUGCUGCUUCCUCUCCAAAGCUCAAGUCCAAGUCUACUGUUGGCUUCUUUGAACACAUCUUCUUCAGCUCCCGUAACUUCGUCAGCUCCCAUCCUUUCAUCACUAUAGGCCUCUGCAUUAUUGCUAUUGCCAUCGCUUCUCUGUGGGCUAAGCGUCAAAUCCGACGAACAAAAACUACGACCGGAAAACUCGGAGGCUCCUCCAUGGGUUUCUUCCACCUUGACGGAAAGGAGAAGGGUCUUUUCAGCUCCGUUGGAUCUGGUCCAAGUAACGGGAAGGUUGACUAA